AUGACGAAUUUCACAGCAUCUUUGAGUGGCGUCCUGUUGCUCUUUCUGCUGCAUCACUCGACACUGAAGAGUGUGGAUGGACAGAACAUCGACAGUAACACUCUUGCUCGUGUCAUCACCUUCUUUGAGCAGAACUACAAGAUAGUUAAUGAACAUAAACAGGAACUUCAAUACGCUGUAGCCAUCAACGUACCGACGGCUCAGUGUGAAGCUGGAUUCCAGCCUUCAAAGGACAACUUUCUAACUAAUGAGAAUCCAACAGAUGUAAAACGUGACAUUGUUAAUAAGCAAUACCCUGUUUAUAAAGGUACAGAGCUCAUAGCAGCAGGAGUUAAGAAAGUUAGUCAAUCGAACUUCAUUCACUCUGAGCGUCUCCUGCUUAACCCUACUGUAGAAAUACCCACAACACCCAUGCAAAACCUUCUGAAUACAAGAGUAGACAGCUGUACUAUUCUCUUCAGCCUUAACUCUCCAUGUUCUAAAACCUGCCUUAAUGUGAACAGCCCAAAUAAGAUCCUUCCCGGCCUUGCAAACUGGAGUGCACAUAAAAGCAUUAAAGCGCUUGUCUUUAAACACGUCUUCACAGGUGAAGGAUCGACAGAUAUUUUAAGAGAAGCACUGCAGAGGAUUGCAGACAAUGUUCCUCUAUAUCGCUGUGUGAACAACGAUGAGUGUUUCUCCUGUGGUGGGAGAAAUAAUCUUCCCAUUGAUGAGAAAUGUCUUACAAAGUAAAGGAUGUUAACUCCUGGCUGAGGCAUUGCUUUAUUUCUGUCUUACUUCGCCCACUUUAAAGUUGGAAAAAAUGCAAUAUUUUAAGACUUACAAUAUGCUUGCUUGGUGCUUUAACAAAUAGUAUAUUCAAAACAAUUUUAAUAAAUCUUUUUGGCAAACUUUGAGCUUCUGUCUGAAGAUGUGAUGACUACAAUCCAAAAUGCAUGAACACGCACAUUUUUCAUGCUAUAAAUCAAGACAAUGCAAAGACUCCCACUGUUAAAACCAUAUGUCUUAUUUACUUUGCCUAUAAACAUUUUUACAUGAGGACAUCGCAGAUGCUGUAGCUGACUUCUGGGGAAAUUGUUUACCGUAGUUGCGCUUUAUUAGA